AUGAUUAUGCACAAAAUUCGCUUUAAUUUCAAAACAAUUUUCGUAAUUCUUUCAAUUAUUCUUGAAUUGCUCCUAACGAAUCUUCCAGAAUCUCAUGCAACAUUUAAUGUCUCAUUCACCGAAGACCUUGAUGGAAUGAUAGUGUUUACCAGUAUUAUAGAUAGAAAAGGGACAAUACUCUUACGACUGAUAAGAGGUAAUACUCUCGAUGCUUGUAACUAUACCGAUGAACCGCGCAUACAUCUUCGAGUAAUUCUUUCAACUGGCGAAGUCCACAAAAUCGAUCUUCCCAAAAACACGUUAAAUAUUCUUCCACCCAAUUUUUGCCCGGAUGAUUAUCUGUAUUUUUAUCUUUUGGAGCCAAAUUAUAUUAUUUUUACCUUUUAUAAUUUUGACGAUCAAAUUCCUUUACGUUCUAAAUCGUAUGAUGAAACGGGAGUUGUUCUUUCUUAUACAGGCGAAAUAGUAAGCACAUUCUCUUUGGGACGAGGUACGCCCCUAAAUGAAACGAUUACAGUUAGCUUAGAUCCAAAAGGUGGUUUUAUGAGAACAUUCAUUUGGCCGAAUGGCACAAUAACGUGGACGAAAUUCACUUCACCUGACGAACAAAGAACUAUAUAUAAAUUGGGAGAAGGAAUUCUUUUUGCUCCAACUCCUCAAGAAAUUGUUUUUCGCUUUAACGCUUUCUCUUUGAUCGACGGCGGAUAUGGAUGUGCUAUUGUAACCAAUCAAACGAUUCGAGCAACAAAUACUUCAAUUCAAACUCGAAUGUUGGAUGAAACUACUUGGACGGCAUACGUGACUUUCUUGUGGGAUACAGUAAACACACCAUCACAACUAUUUAUCCUUUAUCAAACUUCCAUACCGUGGGAAACGGUUAAAGUUGGCACUUGUCGUCGGGCGUAUGAUGGCACUGGCUUCGCAUGUUUUCUCAAAUUUCAAUUGACUGGAUUAUUGCCACUGAUUUAUAGCGUACAUUUUCUCUCACAAGGAUCGGUGACCUCAAUUCGAAAAUUGCGGAAUUACAAUCAAACUAAUUUCGAGAUAGACACAUUCUAUAAUGUGUUUGCUGGUGGUUAUGUGGUGAUUGGAGUUUUAUAUCAAGGAGAUCAAGCAACUCUUAUCGGAAAUUUUUACAAUACAUCCGGUUCUAUUAUCGAAACUAUCAACAUCGGUGAUGACAAUUAUUAUAAAGUGAAUAACUUUCCUAAUAAUAACAGUUUGUUUUAUGCAAACAUCGAUCGUAAUGAUACUAAAACCUGGAGAGUGGGUGCAAUUCCACUUCCACCAUUAAAACACUAUGAUGAACGUUACUCAAAUCCUAAUAUCAAUUCAACUACGCCAACUAUUGACGAAGUAAUCGAAUUACACGCAACCUCAUUAUCUAUUACCUAUAAUUCUAAAGUAGUUUUUGGCUCGGGGAAUACGUCAAUUUAUCAAAAACUUCCAAAUGGCGAUCUACUUCGUGAACAGACUUCAUAUGAAGUCAUUGAAUAUUUGCCAGAUUCUGGAUAUACUAAAGUAUUAAUCACCGCAAUUAGAAGUACCUUUAAUGUCCCAAGUGCUACAUAUUAUGUUGAGGUUGGUGCGAAUUUUGUACAACUUUCGGAAAAUAAAGAGCCAAUUUAUGGUAUAGAACCAAAUAUUUGGACUUUUAAGACAGGUCCAUAUAAGCAGAUUUCACGUACAGAACCAGUAAGUGGUCUCAUCCGCUUACAUGUCAAUGGUUCGGCCGAAUUCGUCAAAGCUUACAAAAGUUACGGCUAUUCUAUAAUGAACAAUCUCGCUAACCAAAUAGCAUCGAUAAUUCCUGUUUCUCCGAAUCAAAUACACAUUCGCGACGCUUAUCAAUAUGAUCAAAAUACACCGCCCAGAGUUCUUUUGAGAAUGGACAUUACACACAAUGCUAGUAAUAAUGAGCAAGAUGUUCCGCAAAUCAUCGAAGAUUUUACUAUAUUACUCGAAAAUAUGAAAUACACGCAGCUGUCUCGAGAAAAUUAUACUUCAUGGCUCGAUAAUACUUAUAAUUUCCAGAUUACAGCAAAUUUGUGGUCAAGGUAUAAAACGACGAUUAUCAUUGGGGGUACAAUUUUCUGUGCUGUUAUAACCAUUUAUUUAUAUGCUGUUUAUCGAAAUAAAAAUGCUAGAAAUUUUGUUAUUAUCACUGUGGCAUUGAUAGUUCAAGAUUUCUUUUUUGAUGUGCUUUUCGUCAUCAAAAAUGGGAGAGACUUUGAUGACUUAUUUUUACCCUGUGUUCUCACUUUCAUAAUUCCAAUUAUAUUCAACACUGUAAUGGCAUCCUUCAUAUUAUUGUCAGAGAACUCACGCGAAGAUAAAUUCAACGACUGGUUUCGAAAGUAUCCACAGGUAGCCGCUGUGUUUACCUUGGCCGCGUGUGCCGACGUCGAUAUUCUUAACGUGUUGUCAUCUCGAGUUGGCGGGCUAAUGAUUUUUUCAGCGGUCUAUUCUAAUCGGGCUGAACUAAUGAUUUUCCGUGCAGUUUGUUUGAAUUUGCUUAUUGAAGAUUUGCCGCAGUUUAUUAUUAGGGUAAUAUAUUGGAGAAAAAAUAUAACAUACAACGUGCUUCCUACAAUUGCACUUAUUUCUGCAGGAGUUAGUCUGCUCACUACAGUUGUAGGAAGGCUUUAUCAAGGGAUUAUUCGUUGUAAUAUAAACAAACGUGAGACUCUGGUUGGGUUAAUCGGAGAAACAAUUUCAUUAGAACCAAAAAAUCAAAAAGAAGAGAAUGGUG